AUGUUUUCGUUACUCGCGGUUACGUGCCUCGUCGCGGUUACAUCAGCAGCACCAUACGGAGCUGCCAUUGGAGCUGUUACAACCUAUGACACAGUAUCCGUACCUCGCUACAACUUUAAUUAUGCAGUCAAUGACCCGGUAACGGGUGACAACAAGCAACAAUCGGAAACCCGUGAAGGAGGCUACGUCAAAGGUUCCUACUCUCUAGCUGAGCCCGACGGCACCAUAAGAGUAGUAGACUACACCGCUGACCCGGUAUCAGGCUUCAACGCUGUCGUGCGACGAAUCGGCCACGCAGCACACCCGCAAGUCAUCCGACCGGUCGUCGCACAAGUCGCAGCACCUGUCGUCGCACAAGUCGCCACACCGGUCGUCGCUGAGGUCGCCCACGCCGCGCCCAUCGCAACCGCCGUUUCCAACAUCGGUUAUGAUAACAUUGGCUACAAUGUUGGAUACAGCAAUCUUGGCUACGACAACUGGGGUGGACACGGAUACAACCACGGGUACAGCGGUUACGACUUGGGCUACAGCGGCCAUCUUGGCGGAUGGAAUCUAGGAGGCCACGGACACUACAGACGCUAA